GUCUGGUGACGUGAUUGCGCGCAAACAGUACAGAUCGCAAAUUUAUUUCGGUUUACUUCACAAUUAAUCUUCUGCCAGUGCCAACCAAAAUGGCUCAAGAAUUUACCGUUGUUACCGCUAGUUAUGUCAAUUUACAGAUCACUAGUACUCUUAAUAAUUUCCCGUCGGAAAAACGAUUUCAAAAAGAUGUGACUAUCGGAACACUGAAGGGCAAGUUGGAGAUGGUGACUGGCUCAGUGAGUGCAUCCAUGGAGCUCCAGCUGUUCAACAAGGAUGGUCAGCUAGUGGUGAUUAUGAGUGAUGAUAAUGCACUCUUAGGUUCUUAUCCCGUGGAGGAUGGCAUGAGGAUACACGUGCAAGACAGCGACCCAAACAGGUUAAGAGGGGAAUUUGAAGAUCUGUCCAAAGUAGAAAAGUAUGAAAUCACAGACGACGAUUACUCCAAAAGAACAGAUUCCGUACUUGCAUUCAAGAAGAAGCACAAGAUGGGCCAGUUCAGAGAAGAAGAUCCCGAGGAGGCCGCUCAGCGGGAAGCCCUGAAGAAGGAGAAAGAGGCAGAGGAGGAGAGACUAGCAGGGGCGAUAGAGGUCGGGUCGAGAUGUCAGGUCAACAUUCCCAGCGCUCCACCCGUUAAGAGAGGAACAGUCAUGUUUGUCGGAAAAACAGAUUUCAAGCCUGGUUUCUGGAUUGGAGUCAAAUUUGAUGAACCAAUGGGAAAGAACGAUGGAAGUGUCCAGGGCAAGAGGUAUUUUGAGUGCCAGCCCAAGUAUGGCAGCUUUGUCAAACCACAGUUUGUGACAACGGGGGAUUUCCCUGAAGAGGAUGUAGACAUGGAAGACGAUGAGAUGUGAAAACUGAAACAUGGAGUCAAGUUGGAGCAUUUGGAAAUGUCAGAAAAUUUGCAUGGUAAAACAAUGAAAUAUUCAAAAGGCAAGCUCGGUGGCAUAAGUAAGAGGGGGUGGGGGGAUUUCCCAAGGCCUGUUUCCCCCGCCCUUGUGCCCCCCCCCCCCCCCCUGUUCCAGCCUCCCUUGCCCCUCUCCCCACUCCAGCGCCACCGCUCAGAAUUCGGAAAAGGCAUAAAUAGCUUUAUAUUGUUUGAAACCAUGGAUGUGGAUCCAAACUGUUUGAGGCUCCUAUGAUUUGGCUUCUGUCUCAAAGCUGGCAAAGUUUCCUAGAUAUGUUAUUCAAAUUCAGCAAAAUUGUCCAACUUCUUUAAAUAAAAACAUUCCAAAAUUGUCCAAAAAGGUCCUCAAAUUUCAUCAGUUGAGGUUUUAGCACCCUGUUGUUUUUCCUUGGGGGAAUAUGGGCUAGAAGGACAAAUUAGAACAUGCUGGUGAUAGUUUUUUUUCUUUUGAAAUGAAAUGGAGUCCAUAUUUGGCAAAUUUUAGGUCACGUCUCAAUUUCAUGGAAAGGCUGGUUGACAAAAACGGGUUACCUGAAAAAAAUCCCAUGCAAGGUAUAUUCUUGUGGUUGCUUGCAAUUGUUUUUACUCAACGCAAUACGUGUGUUCACUUGUGUUUUCUGCUAUAUGGAUUUAUGAAUGUUUGACCUGAACUAAGGAAAGAUCAAUUUCUGCAAUGCCUUUAAAAAAAAACAUAACACACUAUUUCCCACGGUGGUGUGAAACACGCCGUGGGCUUGAGCUGCUUAUGUUGGUUGGUUGGUUGGUUGGUUGGUGGGUUGGUUGGUUGGUGGACACUUUACUCAGCCUUUUUUGUAUUCAUACAACUCGAGUAUAACAGCUUUGCAUUCGAAGACUGGUUUUGCAAACACUGUUGCGCAUGCAUCUAAAUAGCACAUUUUUGCAUAUUUGAUCAUGCCCCAUUCGUUUUCUUUUCGGUACUCUCCAGGCACCGGUAUGGCCCCGGUGCUCGGACGGUACCGUAAGUCGUCUUCACACGUUACCCGGCUGCCGUGGGUUGUACCACUUGGUACUUGUUCUAAUUGUUCUGCAAACAGUAACAACAAAAUGAUCUUUGAUUUACACCGUAAAACAACGUCAUUUUCUGAAAUUUAAUCAGAAACUCAUUCACAAGCUGUCGAUAUUCAUUGUAUAUAAUCAAACAUCGUUACAGAUAGUUGGAUCUUGCAGCUUGUUUAUUAAUGCAUUUCACUUGGUUUCUCAGAAAACGUUCAUCGUCAUUAAGUUCAACACACUUUGCUUCAAAGAAAUUAUUCUAUUAUAAAGAUUAUGCAGCUUGACCACAUUCGAGUCACAAGAUUUGUUUUCCUCAGUCAAGUAUCAAACCAAAGUUAAAGGUUCUUAGGAUCGGGGGGGGGGGGGGGGG